AUGAUGACACAUAUUGAGCCCUCGACCAUAAAAGGCUUCUUUGCCGGUUCCGGUUUGGAUGCUUUUGGGGAAACAGCCGUUGUGGACCGUGUGUUGAUGCUCACAGGACUCUUUGACAUGGAAAAAAAGGUGUUGACGGCGCCUGUGCAUGUAGCAUACAUUGGGACAGCGGUCUAUGACAUCCCAACGUAUAAAGAGAGACAGACCAAGUGGUUUGUUUCACGUGGCUGCACCGUGGCGGAGGUGCGUGUGGCGGAUCUGUCCGUCCCGAACACCGUCGAUAAGGAGGAGCUGGAGUUUUUAGGAAAGGCUCAUAUUGUUGUGGUGUCGGGUGGCAACACACUCUUUGCGAUUCGGCGAUGGGAAGAGACGGGGCUCGAUGUCUGUCUUCGGGCCGUGGCGGUGCGCGGUGCCGUCCUGGCAGGCGGAAGUGCCGGGGCAAUUUGUUGGUUUACUUCUGGCCACAGCGACUCUGCAGACCCUUCCACGUACGCCACGGCGAUGUUACGCGCGGCAUGCGGCGACGCCGUUGCAAAGAAAGAUGAUGAUGAUGACGGCAACGCCAAGAAGACAAGCAAGACGGAGGAGCAGCAGCAGCAGCAGCAAGAAGACACGUCGUGGAGUUAUAUCCGUGUACAUGGCCUGGGUCUAUUGCCGGGUCUACUCUGUCCACAUUAUGACAUGCGUGAGACGAAUGGUGUGCUGCGGGAGGAGGAUUUUGACAAGAUGAUGAAGCGUCACCCGACGGAGCGUGGGAUUGGCAUUGACCACUGGGCCGCGGUUGUGCUACCAGGGGAUGGCACAUAUGAAGUCUUCUCCGUGCCCGGCAAAGGACGUGGGACCAACAAGGACAACACGAUGGCGCCGGCCGUUUACGUGAAGGAUGUCGUGGAUGGUCAGCUGCAUUCGGUGACGAUGCCGGAGAGGGGCCGAUUAAAUGAAUUCCUGCGGCAGCCAUGCGGUCCCGUUGUGCGUGAUCCCUUUGAGGCAUACUACGCUAUGGCGAACCCAACAGCGACAGGCGACAAGCUCCUCUGUCAGUCCCGUUAA